AUGAAAGCUGCUCCCCUCCUCGUCUCCUGGCACGAGGACAACAGCCCCAUCUACUCUGCUCAUUUCGAGCCGCAUGGAAAGGGAAGAUUGGCCACUGCUGGGGGCGACGGACAUAUUAGGAUCUGGAAGGUGGAGACGAAUGGCGAGGAGCGCAAGGUCACCUACCUCUCCACCCUCAAGAAGCAUACACAGGCGGUUAAUGUGGUGAGGUGGUGUCCUCGGGGCGAACUUCUUGCAUCCGCGGGCGACGACGGCAAUGUCCUCCUCUGGACCCCUUCGGAGACUGCACCAGUGACCUUUGGCGACGACAACCAACAAGAAGACGUCGAGCAUUGGAGGGUGAAGACCAUGUGUAGAUCCAACACGGGCUCGGAGAUCUACGACCUGGCAUGGUCCCCCGACGGCUUGUUCUUCGUGACUGGCAGCAUGGACAAUGUUGCUCGGAUCUACAAUGCAUCGAAUGGUCAAACGGUCCGCCAAAUCGCAGAGCACAAUCACUACGUCCAGGGCGUGGCUUGGGAUCCCCUCAAUGAAUACGUCGCCACGCAGUCCUCCGAUCGAUCGGUCCAUAUCUACUCCCUCAAGACCAAAGAUGGCCAAUUCGCCCUCACCCAACACAACAAAGUCGUCAAGAUGGACCUCCCCGUCGGCAGGCGCAUCUCUUCCAACAGCCCAGCCCCUCCGGACUUUGGACAUCAUCGAGCAUCCCUACACGCAGAGUUGAGCUCGGAAGCGGUGGGCUCACCGAGACCCUCUGCCCCCGGCACACCGCAAUCUCUCGCCUUGCCCAUGAAUCCCCCUCCGACCUCGCACAGCAGAAGAUCUUCCAUAGGCUCACAAAUGGGCCAGUCGAUGCGCCGAUCCGUGUCCCCGAGUCCCUCCACCAUGCCUCUCCCGGCCGUCAUGCCCUCUGCCUCGCCCAGCUUGUCCGGCUCGCUGGGCUUCCGAAAUUCAAACAUCUACGCCAACGAGACUCUCACCUCCUUCUUUCGACGACUGACCUUUGCACCAGACGGUAGCUUGCUCUUCACACCAGCCGGACAGUACAGGACGUUCCAUCCUGCCACGGAAGGGUCGAAGGGCUCGGACGACAUCAUCAACACCGUCUACAUCUACACCCGUGCAGGACUCAACAAGCCGCCAGUGGCAUACCUGCCAGGACACAAGAAACCCUCGGUGGCGGUCAAAUGCUCUCCGGUCUACUACCAUCUUCGCGUGUCGAAUGUGGAGACCAAAGAGAUUACCAUUGAUACGCGGACGGAAGACGACAUUCCCCCCUUGCCCGAACCUGCCGUACCUCCCAGGCCAGCAACAUCCUUCUCGGCGAUGGACCCCCCGCCCCUCACCAGUGCGCCAUCUCCUUCUCUGAGUGUCGCCACCAUGGCAUCGCCCAGGCCGCCACUCGAUCCAGAGCACAGUCCUUCGACACCAGCGCCACCAGCCGGCCCACCACCGGCGUUCGCCCUGCCGUAUCGAAUGGUGUAUGCCGUCGCAACCCAAGACGCUGUCCACGUUUACGACACGCAGCAGCAACGGCCGCUGUGUAUUGUCAGCAAUCUACAUUAUGCGACCUUUACGGACCUGUCGUGGUCAAGCGACGGACAGACACUCCUCAUGACCUCAUCGGACGGCUUCUGUUCUGCUCUCACAUUCUCCCCCGGCGAACUGGGAUUAGUAUACCAUCACUCUUCCGCAAAGAGUGAGAAACACACGCCCGCGCCAAUCUCAGUAGGCAACGCCAACUCGGCAUCCUCCACGCCUCAAGCCACACCUACGACUUCCUCUGCCGCAGUGGGAAGCGUGCCUCCACCGCCUGUCCCCGCCGCGGCGCGCCGAAUCUCCGGCUCAAAUAGUACGCUCCCGCCGAAUCCAUCUCCAUCGCCUUACCUCUCUACUGCCCGCCCCGCAUCGCCCGCGCGAAGCAUGUCGGCCUCGAGCAUCGCAACGGAAGCCAGCUUCGCCCGAGCACCAGACCAGAAUGCUCCACCGGUCAUGAACAAUCCGACACCGGCUUUGACAUCUCUUCCAUCCGUUGCAGCGACAGGAUCGAAUUCCAGCGCCGGCGGCAUGCCGCUUUUCACUCCGCCGCAGACACCUGGUCAUCACGCUAGUGGCUCGACCAGCAGUCUGCCUGGCGUGAGUGUGACUGGCACGCAGCGGGAGAGCAGCGUGUCUGAUACCAAUGUGCCGGCUGUUGCUAGUGCUGCGGGGGUGAAGAGGGAGGGUACUUCUCCGCCUGCUGCAGCACAGGAGGGUGAGAACGGUGGAAGGGAAAAGAGGAGACGGAUUGCACCUACCCCCGUCACGAAGGAGAAUGCGGGAAACGGAGGUGGAGGGUGA